ACUUUGGCUUUUACACAGAAACGAAUAUGUUUGAGGGCGCCUGAAUAGGUCACGUGUUCAGUUUAAAUAUUACAAACGCUGACCUGUUGUCCACAGCAGCUCAUUCAGUUGUCAUUAGGAGACAGACGCGCCGCAUAUUUCAAAAACCUCGUUUUUUAUGCGGAUUUAAAAGACUGUAAGAGGUAAAAAAGUAUUCAUAUACUGUUGAAUAUUCUUGUGAAUAUUUCGAGGCGAACACACCGAUGCUCUAGCUGUAGCUAGCUAAGAAUGGCCUCGAGCAUCCCAGAUGAGGUGAUGAUGGACGCUGCACUGAUAACAGAAUUAGCCGAAGUUGCAAAGGACGCCGCACUUCUUCAGGGAGUAUUGAUGAGGACCAAGGAGAGCCCAAACUCCUCUGAGUUGGUGACAUACGCUCCUUUCACUCUCUUCCCUUCGCCUGUGCCUAAGUCCGUGUUCCUUCAGGCUCUGGCGGUGCAGACCCACUUCAACACGUUGGUGGACAAGAUCAGUCAGGAUGUGGACUUCCUGCAGGAGGCUUUAGCCAGCACAAUAGAAGUGGAUGAUUUCACCGCUAGGUUGUUCAAAAUCCACCAACAGAUCCUACAAGAAGGAAGAUCUCAGUCCAUCGUGUUGGGUCUUAAUCGUUCUGAUUACAUGUUGGACCAGAGCGAGGACCAGAAUUCUUCUCUGAAGCAGAUAGAGAUCAAUACUAUUGCUGCCAGCUUUGGCGGCCUCUCUUCACAAACGCCAGAUGUACACAGACACAUCCUGAAGGUGGCUGGGAGGCUGGAGGAGAGUCAACGAAUCCUGGACAACAACCCUGCAGCUGGUCUGGCCAGAGGACUGGCCAAAGCCUGGGAGCUGUAUGGAUCAGAGAGGGCGGUUGUCAUGUUUUUGGUGGAAGAAGUCCAGAGGAACAUCUUCGAUCACCGGUACAUUGAAAGCGAACUCUGGAAGAGAAACAUUCCCACAGUAAGAAAACGGUUUGAUGACGUCUACAAAACAGGAUCUCUUGAUGCGGACAAGAGGCUUUUUGUGGAUGGAAAAGAGGUGGCAGUGGUGUACUUCAGGAAUGGUUACAUGCCACAGAACUACACGAAUGAACAGUGCUGGGAUGUUCGUCUCAUGAUGGAGCGCUCUCAGGCUGUAAAAUGCCCAGACAUCAGCACUCACCUGGCAGGAACCAAGAAGGUCCAGCAGGUGUUGGCCCGACCUGGAGUUCUAGAGAAGUUCUUCCCUGAUCAGCCUCAGGUGGUGCAACAGAUGAGGGAAACAUUCGCUGGCCUCUACACGCUCGACAUGGGACCAGAAGGCGACAAAACUGUAGCAAUGGCUUUGGCAGAACCAAACCGGUUUGUUCUGAAACCUCAGCGAGAAGGAGGAGGUAACAAUAUCUAUGGUUCUGAGAUUGUCCAGGUUCUCAGGGAGGUGAGGGGGAGCGCGGAGCGGACGGCAUACAUCCUGAUGGAUAAAAUAAAUCCCGCUCCCAUUCAGAACUACCUGCUGAGGAGAGACGCUCCCCUCGCCAUCAGUAACUGUCUCAGUGAACUGGGAGUGUUUGGAGCCUACGUAAGGCAGGGGGCGCACAUGGUGAUGAACGAGUGUGUGGGUCACCUGCUGAGGACCAAGAGCUCAGAGCAUGCUGACGGGGGGGUGGCCGCGGGCGUGGCCGUUCUGGACAAUCCUCUACUCGUCUAACACACACAAACAUGCCACACUGAUGCAGCCCAAGUCCACAAAAAGAGACAUCAGAUUCUCUUUCUGUGCAAGUUAGAGUUGUGUUUAAUACAUUUUUAUUUCAAAUCAUAAAAUCCUUCUAUAUAAUAUUUGAUACUCUUCUUAAAAAGAACAAAAAAACAUAUAUUCCUGGUUUUGCAGAGAGCUUGUUAUCAGAAGAAAUACUGACCUCUGGUGGCAGGGGAGCCUAAUUACACUACUGGAAGAGUUGACUGAUUGAAGUUUAAGUGGAGCUGCUCUGCUAUAACGGCCACAUUGAAAUGUACAAUUUACAUUUGAAAAUAUCCGCCAAAAACUUGAUCUCAGAAAUUCUCCAGAAAAAUCUAGGAAAUUUCUGAGUUUGAAAAGUGUUGAGUGAACAUGGUUCAUUCAACACAUUGCAGUCGAUUUGUUGGAAGUUUAAGCUGCCGUCAGUUUAAUGUGUGAUUGCUUCCAACUAUUAACAAUCUACUUCAAGUUGAAGGAAACUCGCCUUUUAUUCAAAAAGUUCUGUAAAAAAUUGUAUUACUGAUUUUGAUUUCAUAGAAAAUUGCAGAAAAGGAGGAAAGUUCCCUUGAUAAAAAGCUCUUCCUGUUAGCUCAACCCUUUAAGUUAUUCUUCACUGUGAAUUUUUUACAUUUUCAAUUUCUGUUGCAUUAACUGAAAUCAUUGAAGAAAAUAAUCAUGACCGAAGAAAUGUAUUAGUUGAAAAAGUAUGUUUUCUCUACACGGUGAAGGAUAAUAUGAUUUAUACAUUACAUCUAUUUGUGUACAAUGACAGUGAUUGACAUUAAAUAAUCCACUGCUACUUUUUUAAAAUAAAUCAAAUGUUGGUUUGCAAUCUAAAAAAAUCAUUAUUUAUUUUUCUUAAUCUCUGAUGUGGUCAUGUCAACAUCAAAACAUAGCUUUAUCUUUCAGCUGAGAUUCAUCAAAGAAAUUAUAUGGUGAGUAGUUCCAGGAUUAAAAUGGUUUAAAAAGUAAAUUAAGGACUAACUAUCUUUGGACCAAAAUCAUAAAUAAAACAUUAAAGGAAUCUAAUGCAAA